AACAUCUCCCAUGGCUAGUAGUGUUUCCUCUGGAAAGAGAUUUGGAAAGGGAGGUUGGAAUUUUUCUUAAUCUGAAAAGAAUUCUGUCCCCCAUCUCUCUACUCCUGUCUCUCCCGUUUCUGCAUCCUCUUCCUCUGUGUUGGAGUGCAUUCUGACCACUAUGCUUGGGUGGAAAGUUGAAAGACAGCAAACCUGCUACAGCCAGCCAGUGCUCCUGAUGGGUGGAUGAGCAAAGUUCUAGGGCUGAGCGUUCCUUUCUCAGCUCCUGGCCGUGCAGGCGCUCGCGGAUACCUGCCCUGCUUGGCGCCGCACUGAAGAUUCGCCGCGGUGGAACAGUUGAGUCUCCAUCUGGCUACCAACCCACCCGAGCUUUCUUCUCCUCCAUUACCACCUUCCUGCCUCCCCCUCCUCCCCCUCCUUUCCGUCUUCCCUCUCCACCCCCGCCCCCAAUCUCCUCCUCUUUUUCUCACUACAAGCGGUUGCUGAUGCUGAAGCCGAGCGUCACUUCGGCUCCCACGGCAGACAUGGCGACAUUGACAGUGGUCCAGCCGCUUACUCUGGACAGAGAUGUUGCAAGAGCAAUUGAACUACUGGAAAAGCUACAAGAAUCUGGAGAAGUACCAGUGCACAAGCUCCAGUCUCUCAAAAAGGUGCUUCAGAGUGAGUUUUGUACAGCAAUCCGAGAGGUGUAUCAAUACAUGCAUGAAACGAUUACUGUUAAUGGCUGCCCUGAAUUCCGUGCGAGGGCCACAGCAAAGGCAACAGUUGCAGCUUUUGCAGCCAGCGAAGGCCAUUCCCACCCUCGGGUAGUCGAACUGCCAAAGACUGAUGAAGGCCUGGGUUUUAACGUGAUGGGAGGAAAAGAACAGAAUUCCCCAAUUUACAUCUCCCGCAUCAUCCCUGGAGGGGUAGCUGAAAGACAUGGAGGCCUCAAAAGAGGAGACCAGCUACUAUCAGUGAAUGGAGUGAGUGUGGAAGGGGAGCACCAUGAGAAAGCUGUGGAACUUCUCAAGGCUGCUAAGGACAGUGUGAAGCUGGUGGUCAGAUACACCCCAAAAGUCCUGGAGGAGAUGGAGGCUCGUUUUGAAAAGCUGCGGACAGCUCGGCGUCGGCAGCAGCAGCAGUUGCUCAUUCAGCAGCAGCAACAGCAGCAGCAACAACAACCACAACAAAACCACAUGUCAUAGGCCCUUGAAGAAAAGCUAGCAAGUCAAUCAUCCAACAGUCACAAAUUUGGAACCCGUGCUCCGGAAUCCCAGCACAUAGAAAAAGGGAAAGAAAGCAUCAGUAAUGACACCUGUUACAAAGCUGUGAACACAUGGUGUAUCCAUUCUUUACCAAGGCAACUCAACAUCUUCUUCCUCUGGGCACCAGACCCCCGUUCAUUGCUCUUUUACCUACUCAGACCUUCCAUCCAUGGCAGUGGAAACUCGCAGUGUAUUGAGGGAGACAAGUAUUCCAGUCUGCAGACUGAAACAGUGUAAGAAUAAAGUCCGUGACUUUUGAACAAAU